CAAAAGAGAGCAGAAAUUUUUAUACAAGAAAACUCAACAGCUGCUUUGCAAAUGCAAUUUCAAUAACAAUAGUUCAACAACAUUUGACGUGUUUCGAGUCGAUAUGCAAAAAAUAUUGGUUUGUAAACGCAUUCGCUUAACUUUUAGAUAUAUUAUCUGAGAGAAAUUUUCUGAAUCUAAGGUACACAUGCAUAUAUAUUUAUAGAAAAACAUGUUCAAAAUAAUGCAACAACAAAAAAAACAAAAUCAAAAACAACAACAUACAGCUGGUCAACACAAUUCGUCCAAUACCUUUAUGCAUAUCGUAUUGCACAACAACAGAAAAGUGUCACAGCGAAUAAAAGUAAUUGAUGAACGAUAUACAAUGCUUGCGAAAUUGCUGUGGUCCAUAACGAUUUUAAUGCAAAUAUUCAAUUCAGCAUAUAGUCAAGUAUGCGGUCCCCCAGCGGUACCACUUAAUGCCAAAGUUCAAACAAUAUCUAAUGAUUCCGGUUUUAUUGAGGCCAAGUAUGAAUGUGAUGCCGGUUAUGAACUUUUUGGCCCAGUGAAAAUCAAAUGUGAUUCCCGGACUGGUUGGGAUAAAGAAUUACCGUUUUGUGGUACAAAUGUGGCGUAUCGUAAACCUGUUAAUCAAAGCUCAUAUACGCGAGCGGGUCCAGCUCAAUAUGCCAAUGAUGGCGAGCAAGGCAAUAAAAAUCCUGACGGUCAACAAUGUUCGGAAACUCAAAAAGAACCGUCACCGUGGUGGCGGGUUGAUUUAUUAACGCCACAGGCUGUGCAUAUUGUGCGGAUAACAACAAGGGGUUGUUGUGGCCAUCAACCGUUGCAAGAUCUCGAAAUUCGUGUCGGCAAUAGUAGUGCAGAUUUGCAAAGGAAUCCUUUAUGUGCGUGGUAUCCAGGCACUUUAGAUGAAGGCAUUACUAAAACUUUCACUUGUGCCAGACCUUUAAUCGGUCAAUAUGUAGCCAUACAGCUGGUAGGCGUUGAAGGCAGUCUUAGCCUAUGUGAGGUGGAAGUCUUUACCAAUAACGAAUUCUCGGUAGAUCGUUGCUUAAGCUCUAAUUUGGCCGUGGACACUGUUUUAACUACCUUCUCGAAGAUGUGCUAUGAGUUUCACGUUACCAAGGGCGAGAAUUUCGAGAAAGCUCAACAUAUCUGCAAAUCAACUGGUGGCGAUUUAGUGCAUGAAUUUCGUGGACCAGCCAACGAUUAUAUUUUAGCUGAACUGGAACGACGUAAGUCAGAUUUAAAAACUCAACUGGUAUGGAUUGGGGCGCAAAAAGAACCAGGAAUCACUUCGCGAACUUGGAAGUGGGUCAAUGGUGAAAUAGUACAGAAACCAGCUUGGGGUAAAGAUCAACCGAAUAACUAUAAUGGCGAACAGAAUUGCGUGGUAUUGGAUGGCGGUCGUAAUUGGCUAUGGAAUGACGUAGGUUGUAAUUUGGAUUACUUGCAUUUCAUAUGUCAACAUGCACCACUUUUGUGUGGUUCACCAGAUUCAUACCACAAUACCACAAUCAUUGGUAAAAACCAUACAAUCGGUAGCAGCAUUCAAUACAAUUGCCCGAAGGGUCAUUCAUUAAUCGGCGAUGCAGAACGUUUAUGUCGCGGUGAUGGCACGUGGAGCGGAAAGGCGCCCACUUGUAAAUAUGUCGAUUGCGGUCCAUUGCCACAAUUGGAACAUGGUUCAGUGCACAUGUCUGAGCAGCGUACAAGUUAUGGUGUUCAAGCUACUUACAGUUGCCAUGAAAAUUAUACAUUAAUUGGCAAUGAGAAUAGAACUUGCGAGCUAGAAGGUUGGUCAGGUAAACAGCCAGAAUGUUUAGUCGAUUGGUGUCCGGAGCCACCAACCAUUGUUGGUGGUACAGUUAAGGUUAACGAUCGUAGAGCAGGCUCGACAGCAAUAUACGAAUGCGAGCAGGGUUAUGUGUUGGUGGGAGAACCGAUAAGCUCUUGCGGUUUGGGUGGUGAAUGGUCGGGCAAAUCGCCGUCUUGCCGUUUUGUGGAUUGCGGUUCGCCAGCUCGUCCUGAUCACGGUGUUGUGAUGUUACUGAAUUUAACAACCACAGCCGGUUCUAUGGUUCGAUUUGAAUGCGAUGAUGAUUAUUGGUUGGAAGGUGCCUCUGAGUUAUAUUGUACAACCGAAGGAAAAUGGUCUGGAGAUGUUCCUAUAUGUGAACUUGUUACCUGUGAUACACCCACUGUGCCGCCUGGCUCAUUCGUAGUCGGUUACGAUUAUAACGUGCAUUCAAAAAUUACUUACAACUGUGAUCCAGGUCAUGUGCUGAGAGGUAAUUCUGUACUUGAAUGCUUGGACACUGGCGAAUGGAAUACGGAGGCUCCGUUCUGUGAAUACAUUGAUUGCGGAGCUAUUACGCCUAUACCGCAUGGCAUUCAUAAGUACACAAUGAAUACUACGUUUGUGGGUUCGGAAGUAACAUUUAGCUGUAGCCAAGCUCACAAACUUAGCGGAGUACCUAAACGAGUUUGUUUAGAGUCUGGAAUUUGGAGUGAUAUGUCACCCAAGUGUGAAGAAAUUCGUUGCACGGAACCGAUUUUAGCUCCGCAUAGCCUUUUAUCAGUUACCGGCAAUGAUCGCAUGUACGGACGUACAUUGAUUCGAACUUCCGAAUCAAUACAAAACAGCGCUCAAACUUAUAGAAUUGGAGCUUUAGCUAAAUAUCGCUGUGAAAGAGGUUAUAAAAUGGUUGGUGAAGCUUUAGUCACUUGUGAGGAUAAUGGACAAUGGAGCGGUACAGUACCGGAGUGCAUUUAUGUUGAAUGUGGCCCUCUAUCAAACAUUGACCGAGGCAAAGUGACUCUGGCCACUAAUGCUACAUAUUAUGGAGCGGCUGCUUUAUAUGAGUGCGAUAUUAACUUUAAACUGGAUGGAGUUUCAAGACGUUUAUGUACCGAAGACGGUACUUGGAGUCAUGAAACACCCAAAUGCAUUGAAAUUACUUGUGAGGAACCGGAAUUAAGCGAAAAUCUGAUUAUGGAAGCUGGAGCAAGAUCGAUAGGAUCGCUGGCCAAAUUCAGAUGUCAAAGGGGCCGAACAUUGUUCGGAAAUGAUACUCGCGUUUGCCAAAAGAAUGGCAAAUGGACAGGCAAAAGUCCGAUUUGCAAACCGGUAGAUUGCGGACGACCUUUGCCUAUUGAAAAUGGUCGUGUUAUUGUUGUAAAUGAAACAACUUUGUAUGGUGGGUCAGCUGAAUAUCAUUGCGUGCCCGGUUUCAAUCGCAUUGGCCAGUAUCUGCGGAAAUGUACAGAGGAUGGUGCUUGGAGUGGCGAUGAACCGCGCUGUGAAUUAGUUGCAACUGAGGCUCAGGAAAGUUCAGGUCUAGGCACGGGCAUUGCCAUUGGGGCAACCGUCAUUAUUGCUCUACUAAUAAUGAUUGGCUUGGUUUUCAUACAUCGCAACAAGGCGCGUCCCGUUAAGAAUACGGAAAAUGUUCAAGCGGCCGAAACAAAAGAUGAACGUAGCGCUGCUGUUAUGUCCUAUUCAACACUAGAAGCCAAUAAUCGUAUGCAUUUAGAUAAUGGACCACCGGUUACAUUUAAUACAUUCCAUGGAGCUGGUAGGGGUCUAUCAAAUGGUAACCGCACAAUAGGUCGAGAGAAUAUCUACGAUCAAAUACCCAACGAGCAAUUAUAUGAUGCUCCUUAUGAAAUGCGUACAAAUGAUGAAGUUUAUGAACCUGAACCCACUACAGCUAAUAUGAUUACUAUAAACGGUAUAUCAGUUAGAUAAAUAUGUAUAUAAUCUCUGUUAGUGAUUGUUGUUGUUGUUAUUCACAAGCAGCUAUUAUCCAAAAUUUAUAGAGAAUUCAUUUUAUGAGAAAAUGAAAGAUUUUUUAAAUCCUUCCGCUUCAAUUCCUUGUUUGUAUGAAUUUUAUAUAAAAUAAAAUCAAUUUCAUAUAAACCCUCACCUUUUAACAUUAAGCGAGUUCACUUUCCUAGUUUCCUAGUUUAUGUAAAAUU